GCUUGACAGAUUCUUUUUCUUCGCCGCUUCAGGCUGUGUAGUUUGCUUGGACGUUGUUGAAACCCAAGGCAUGAUCGUACCGCGCCGUGCACCACUUCAUGGUGUCCGUCAAUAUGUGACAGCGACAUCAUCCAUCGCCACUUUGCGAGCCACGCAGUAUGGGAGAACCGCAGCCUACAGACGAUUAACGGCGUCCGACGCAUCCUCAGCGCCUCUCCCCCCCCCUUCAUCGCUUACACCUUUCUCUCCUCGACUCACUCUUUCAUCCCGGCCUCUCCUACGAUCUCUACAUACGUCCAGAGCACAAUACCAACAAACGCAACCAAAGGAAGAAUCAAAGCAAGAAGUCCGGGACCCGCCGCGGGACGAAAAGCCAACAGAAGAGGCCAGCGGAGAGCAGAAAAACGAGGGAGAGGAGAAGCAAACAAAAGACGAGAAAGCAGGCAGAGAUGAAAAGCCUCCACCACCACCGCCUCAUGGAGACAAAACACCAUGGCAAGUCUUUACCGAAACCCUCCGAACCGAGUUCAAAGCCUCAAAAGAAUGGAAUGAAUCUACCAAGCAAUUAUCUGGGUCGGUCCAGCAGUUUACCGAAUCAGAAGCCGUAAGAAAAGCGCGAGAAGCCUCCGAGGCCGCUUCAAAAGGUACAUCACAAGCGCUGAAAGGCGCAGGUCGGGCCAUUGGACAAGGAGCAGCCUGGACUUGGGACUCCAAGGUUGUGCAAGGCCUUCGCUCCGGCGUCAAUGCCACUGGUCGUGGAAUCGAACGAGCGACUCGUCCUGUUCGAGAGACCAAAACCUUCAAGGAAAUUUCCGAAGCCAUUGAUGAUGGUAGCAGUUCGAGAUACGGCGGCUGGGUGGAAAAGGAAGAGCGACGGAAGAAAAGAGAGGCUCAAUUAUUAAGAGAAGCGCAGUCUGGCAAGAAACCUGUAGAGGAGAUGGUCGAGAAUCCCGAUGCCGGAACCAACAUCACCGUCCACAAAGACUCAGCCUGGAAAGAAUCCUGGAACAGUUUCAAGGAGAAUUCGAAGCUGAUGCAAGGACUGUUCAACAUGAAACAAACAUAUGAAGAGUCGGAAAACCCCUUGAUAUCAACAGCUCGGUCAAUAUCGGACAGAGUCGCCGGUUUCUUCGCCGAGAAUGAGACAGCCAUGGUGAUCAAGAAAUUCCGAGAAAUUGAUCCCAACUUCCAGUUGGAGCCAUUCCUGCGAGAUCUGCGCGAGUAUAUCCUCCCUGAAGUUCUGGACGCAUAUGUCAAGGGCGACGUGGAGACUCUGAAGGUCUGGUUGUCUGCAGCGCAAUUCCAGGUUUAUUCCGCCCUGAUGGAACAGUACACUAAGGCUGGUCUGAAAUCCGAUGGACGGAUACUGGAUAUCAGACAUGUCGACAUCCUGAAUGCAAGAAUACUGGAGCCAGGCGAUAUCCCAGUGUUUAUCAUCACCUGCCGGACACAAGAAGUUCACGUCUAUCGAAAUGCGAAGACAAACGAAUUGGCUGCUGGUAUGGAAGACAAGGUUCAACUGGUCACAUACGCCAUUGGCAUGACAAGACUGCCUGAAGAAGUCAACAAUGCGGAAACCAGAGGAUGGAGAAUGAUUGAACUACAGAAGGCUGCCAGAGAUUACAUAUGAUCUCGGGCACAAGUGAUGGGUGACCAAAAAAGGGUGCCAGCAUUUUCAGCGAGCAUAAUGGAGAAGGUCCGCGUUCGCUUCCUUUUUCUUCCGGGGGUCCAACUCAGCUCGAUCCCCGGGUAGCAUAUACUUUGCUCAGGACAAAAAGUGCUAUGGGCUUCUAUGGAUUGUAUUUGUACAGCUGAAUGGUACCGGAGGCCUUGAAUGACCACAGGGUCAUGGCAUGAUGUGUGCCAGGGAAUCCAGGCUGCUUCGGAAGGCCUGCGUUACGGCCCACGGGAAUUGGAUGUACGGAGCUGAUAUGGCUGCUAACUUGUCCAGCCUCUGUUGUGUGGAUAUCAAACCUGCUACAAGAACUAAUUCUUCUCUCGAAAUGAAUGAACAGAUUUUUG